CUGCAGUUGCACUGAGCGUGACUCGCUAUAGUAAUUCCAUAACGGUAUAUAGUUAUGUAGGUACCGUGGAUUCUCAGUGGUAGGAGUAACGUUAACAGAGUAUAGAAAGAGACUCGUACGCUUCUAUAGUCGUAUAUAUUCUUACGUUGGAGGUCGGAUUUCUCGUUUCUCCUCCGGCACUACCUUGAUUGGUAGUGUUCAAUCGACGGUUCUAGUGUCAACUACCACUCCCUGCUAGUAUCGAGUGGGACCAGUAUACUAGCCUAGAAAAUAUAAUUUACUACAUUAAUACAGUGAUCAUAAGAAAAUUCACUCUGAAAAGCGUGACGGGUCAGAGAACAACAGGAAGUACGUGUUUUCGUGACUUUGUUUUUAAGAGGACAUUCUUCUUUCCACUUGGUGGAAAUAACGGAUCGUGGUGUACCAGUUACUUGGGAAGGAUUUUUGACGUAGAAUGGAUUCAUUGUGGCCCCCAAUAUUACUGUUAUUCUGUGUAAUAACACAUGGAAUGUCAACACAGUACUACACAGUAAUUGCUCCGGAAAUCGUACGACCGAAUUCACAGUAUCACGUGGCAAUAAGCAAUACAGGAACGCCAAGUCCUAUUACAGUUGCUGUGGAAGUUGAUGGAAAUUUGGAUAAUGGAGAUCACUUUAAUGUAUAUCAAUCCGCUACGGUAGAGCCGUACUCUACGAGCAUUAUAAAACUCGAGAUCGGUGAUACCAGUCCUGGUCAAUAUAAACUCGUGGCACGAGGAGUGACUGGUAUAGAAUUUGUAAAUUCUACGGAUCUGCAGUACAUCCACAAAAGUUACUCCGUUUUUAUUCAAACCGAUCGUGCUAUUUAUAAACCGGGUAACAAAGUACUUUUCCGUUGUAUAAUACUGGACUCCAGGUUAAGACCUGCCAUUACCAGAGAUAUGGAAAUCCAUAUAACGGACGGAAAUGGUAACCGUAUAAAACAAUGGAGACGCCCAUCUAUAAGUCGCGGUGUUUUUACCGGCGAAUUGGAACUAUCCGAAUCGCCGGUUCUGGGCAACUGGAAAAUCGUCACGAAUGUGGUGGAUCAAACUUUCGAAAAGGAGUUCCAGGUGGCCGAAUACGUUCUUCCUAAAUUUGAAGUAACCAUCGAAGCACCUAAACACGGAACAUUCAAAGAUUCCAAAGUCACGGCAACAGUUUAUGCCAAAUAUACUUAUGGCAAGGCUGUAAAAGGUGAAGCUACUAUAACCGCUUAUCCAGAUAUAUUCUCUGGUCUCAUCCAACCAAUUUUCCGAACACCAGUAAGAAAAGUUGUUCCCAUCGAUGGGAAAGUAACGGUAGACUUUGACAUAGCCACAGAGUUACGAUUGACCGAUGAGUACGAGAGGCCCGUUCAAUUGGACGUAGCUGUGGAGGAAGCGCUGACAGGUCGUAGACAAAAUACAUCAAUGCAACUGACUUUGCAUAAACACAAGUACACAAUGAAACUCAUCAAGACAUCUGAGUAUUACAAGCCUGGUUUAAAGUAUACAGCUUUUAUCCAAUUAGCAUAUCACGAUGGAUCGCCAGUUAGAGACCCUACUAAUCCAGUGAAGAUUUCAUAUGGAUAUACUUACAAUCAAUCUGCCUAUAGUAAUAUAACACGUAAAUUAGAUUCCAAUGGAAUGAUUCAACUUGAUUUUUAUCCGCCGUUGAAUAACGAAAGUGAUUCGGCUCCGCUCAAUAUUAAGGCGGAAUAUUUAAAUCUUCACGAAUGGUUCCCCGCGACAAAUCAAGCUAUGUCUCCCAGUAACACUUAUAUUCAGGCUACUCUGAAGACAGACAAACCUAUGGUAAAUGAUGAUGUGGAAAUUGCUGUUAAUUCUACAGCACCUCUUAAAUAUUUGAGUUACGAGGUUUUUGGACGUGGUGAUAUUUUGUAUGCUGCUUCUAUACAAGUACCCGAUAAGCAUACAGCGACGUUUAAAUUUCUUGCGACGUUCGUAAUGGCACCCACUGCGCACGUAUUAGUUUAUUACGUAAAGGACGACGGAGAAGUCGUUGCCGACGCAUUGGAUGUUAAUUUGGAAGGAACUCUUCAAAAUUUCGUUGACAUUAAAGUCUCUUCGGAACAAACCGCACCUGGUGAAAAUGUUGAUCUCACCAUUACAUCAAAACAGAAUUCAUACGUUGGUAUACUGGGUGUCGAUCAAAGUUCGAUUUUAUUAAAAUCCGGCAAUGACAUAUCAUAUGAACAAGUAGAGAAAGAACUUAAGUCCUACGAUACUGUUUCCGAAUCUCCAUACGACGAUGUGUUCUCUGACAGAUCAUUUUGGCGUCCUGGAUCAGCAACAGCUCAGGAUGUAUUCGAUAAAACUGGAGCAGUAAUAUUUACGAAUGGUUAUGUACACAAGAACUUCCCCAUACGACAACCAGGAAUCCUGGAUGGUAGAAUACACGGUGCACCUCAUGGAGCAUCAACACUACGACCAGACCUUGGUCCACCAGUUACAUACAGAGUAGUAACAAGACCUCCACUGGCAGGUCCUUAUGCAUUCUCACGCAUCCCAACUCCUGUCUGGAAUAAGCCCCGUAUUUUCCUAAUGCAUGACAUCUCAAACACCUGGCUUUUCGCAAAUCUCUCCUCAGGGUAUGAAGGAACUACUGUAAUUAAAAGAACAGUACCAGAUACUAUAACUUCAUGGGUUCUUACUGGUUUCUCUGUGGACUCUGUUUAUGGUCUUGGUUUAAUGGACGCACCACGAAAGUUGAAGGUCUUCAAACCAUUCUUUGUGUCGGUGGAUCUACCCUAUUCCGUAAUCAGAGGAGAAAUCGUAGCGAUUCCAAUAAUAGUGUUCAAUUAUUUGGACAAAGAUUUGACAGCUGAAGUUUUACUGGAAAAUGCUAAUCAGUUUGAGUUUGCUGAAAUUUCAAACGAAGUUCACGAGCCACCGAAGUUUGAACUGUAUCGGAAGAAGGUCGUUGAAGUUAAAGCCAAUUCUGGUGCCAGUGUAUCAUUUAUGAUUAUACCGAGAGACUUGGGAUACAUAACUAUCAAAGCAACUGCAAGUAGUGUACUCGCUGGUGAUAGUGUAGAGCAUAAAUUGCUUGUUAAAUCAGAGGGAGAAACACAAUACAGAAAUAAAGCUAUAUUCAUUGACCUGAGAUCCACAAGAAAUAUGCAGACUAGUAUUGCAGUGGAUAUACCAAAAAAUAUUGUUCCUGGUUCUGAACACAUUGAAAUUUCAGCAGUAGGAGACAUUCUUGGACCAAGCAUUCCAAACUUGGCAAAUUUGAUAAAAAUGCCAUCAGGCUGUGGAGAACAAAAUAUGCUGAAUUUUGUACCAAACAUUGUGAUAUUGGAUUAUCUCAAGAAUACAAAUCAAUUGACCCAAGCUGUUCAGAGUAAAGCCAUGCGAUACUUAGAAAUUGGUUAUCAAAGAGAAUUGACAUACAGGCAUAACGAUGGAUCCUUCAGCGCCUUUGGAAUGUCUGAUGGCAGUGGCAGUACUUGGCUGACUGCUUUUGUGGUAAAAUCGUUUAAACAAGCAACGGAAUAUGUUAGUAUCGAGGACAGAAUAAUUGAUGAAGCUCUUAGAUGGCUUGCCAGCAAUCAAGCAGUAAAUGGAAGUUUCCCUGAAGUUGGAAGAGUCAAUCAUCGUGAUAUGCAAGGAGGUGCUGCAAAAGGACUUGCUCUUACAGCAUUUACACUUAUUGCAUUUUUGGAAAAUAAAGGCUCUAAUGAAGAGUAUAAAAAUGUUAUUAACAAGGGUGUCAAUUAUAUUGUGCAGAACAUGGAUAAUUUGGAUGAUGUCUAUGCAUUAAGUUUGUGCACUUAUGUUCUUAACUUGGCAAGACAUCCAUAUGAGGAGGUUGCUUUUAAUUUAUUAGAAUCUAAAGCCAAAACAGGGAAUGAGGAUAAGUGGUGGAGUAAACCUGUUCCUAGUGAUGAUAAAAAUCCAUGGUAUUCCUUGCCAAGAUCAGUUGACGUAGAAAUGUCGUCAUACAAUUUAUUGACUUAUCUCAGAAGAAAUCUGGUUACUGACUCUAUUCCAAUCAUGAAGUGGCUGGCUAAACAAAGAAAUAGCGAAGGUGGUUUUGCAUCCACUCAGGAUACUGUAAUUGGAAUUUAUGCCUUGGCGAAAUUGGGUGAAAAAUUAUCUACAAAGUCUAAUAACAUUGCUGUUACAUUUAUGUACGAAGGUGGAGGUCAAAGUCAAAUGAAUAUUAAUUCUGGUAAUACCAUGAUUCUUCAAAAACAUGUGCUUCCAAGAAAAACUAGAGUUGUUAAUAUAACAGCUACUGGAACCGGAUUUGUUCUGGUUCAGGUUUCUUCCAGUUAUAAUCUAAAUGUAACUGGGGCAUGGCCACUAUUCACAUUAGAUCCACAAGUUGACAAAAACUCAAAUGCAAAUCAUCUGCAACUGUCAAUCUGUUCAGGAUUUAUACCUACUAAAGAAGCAAAUGAGAGUAAUAUGGCUGUAAUGGAAAUAAGCCUACCUUCAGGUUUUACUGUGGAUAUGGAUUCUCUUCCAAGCUUACAAGUAUCACAGAAUGUUAAACGUGUAGAAACCAAAAAUGGAGAUACAAUGGUGGUAUUAUACUUUGACAAGAUGAUUAGACAGGAAUAUUGCCCAACAGUAUCUGCAUUUAGAACACACAAAGUCGCUAAGCAAAAGCCAGUACCAGUAUCAAUCUAUGAUUACUAUGAUUCUUCACGGAGAGCAAGAGCAUUCUAUGAACCACAAGCUGCAACACUUUGUGACAUCUGCGAAGGAGAGGAUUGUGGGAAUGUUUGUGUUAGUCAGAUAGGCAAUAGGAAUUCUAUGGAAUCAACAGCAAAUCAACUAUCCAGUUUAUCUUUUGUUGUAUUGUUAUUAGCUGUACUUAGCACUAAGAUUUAUUAUUUGUAAUUACUUAUAAUCUACCUGUAAAGGACUAUUUUGACUACCAGAGUACUAUAAAAAAUGUAUAGCCUGACUUAAGGAAUAACCAAAGUGGUUUGUAUUUAUACGACAAUGCAAGACACGAUAAUGUUUUAAUUUCUUUUGUACAAUGCAUAAGGCAAAAGAUUCCUGUCUCAAUAAUACGUCAGCAUGUCUUUAUUUAAACAUACGAUAUUCUAUAAAUGAGAUCAAUUAAUAAAUUGUUUUAUUGUUACAUUA